AGGUUGGAGCUGCCAGGCAGGAGGUCUAGAGGAAGACCAAAGAGGAGAUUUAUGGAUGUGGUGAAGAGGACGCAGAGGACAGGGUUAGAUGGAGGCACAUGAUUCGCUGUGGCGACCCCUGAAAGGGAACAGCCGAGAGGAAAAGUCUACCCGUCUCUCCAGCCACACCGCCUUCUCCAUAAGCUACACCUCUGAGCCAGACCUUUUGGGACCCGACCUGCUCCACGCUAUUGGUUCCGCUGUCUGUCUGGAUCCACAUCACCACCAACUCCACACCGCGGAUCUGCUGCCAGCCCAGGCCAACACUCCACCGCUGCUCUGCACUACAGACCUGUUGGCCUGUCCAGAUCCACACUGCACUCAACCCAAGCCAGGGUAGUAACCGCUGCUUCAUUCUCAACUCCUGAACCAUCGCUGCUUCCCCUGAACCGCCGAGAACGGCACCGAAGGCACCACUCAGGAGAACUACACCCCUUCCCAUGGAAACUACAUAUAGUCAAAUAAAGAGUGACUUUGUCUUUAAACUUCUCCAUUUGUGUUCUGCAUCUGUGGGUUCGAAAAUCGUACAUUACGACAUCUUCCACAGUUCCACAAGGUUCUGUGCUUGGGCCGAUUCUAUUCAACUUUUAUAUAUGCCUCCUCUAGACAAUAUUAUUAGGGAACACUCCAUAAACUUUCAUUGCUAUGCAGAUGAUACCCAAUUGUAUCUAUCGAUCAAGCCAGAUGAAACUAACCAGUUAACUAAACUUCAAGCAUGCCUUAAGGACAUAAAGACCUGGAUGACCUGCAACUUUCUGAUGUUAAACUCUGACAAAACUGACGUUAUUGUACUUGGCCCCAAACACCUCCGAGACACGUUAUCUAAAGAUAUAGUUACUCUAGAUGGCAUUGCCCUGGCCUCCAGCAGCACCGUGAGGAAAUCUUCAGUGAGAAGCUGUCAGGUUUUUGUACAAAGACUGUGGGUUUCCUGUUAGUGUGGGCCUCACGCCACAGUAGUGCAGAGUCAGUCACUGCAGCAGAGGAGAUCUGCAGAUCCACACCACCAUUUUAUCAGUUUACGAGAGAAGCUGGUGUCUGACUUCAGAGACUCUGCUGGUCUUGUACUGAUGAACGUGAGGACUUCUGCUGGUUCUCCUGAAUCGUCGACGCCAGAGGAAAUCAUCAGUGCUUCCAGCAGAUCUGUAGUGUUUCCUGCUAAACUGUCCUCGUCAUCCUUGACAGGAGUGACUUCUUCACAGCUGACACUAGAAGGGAUGUCAGCAUGGCUGCAGACGUUGGCUGAAUCCGACUGUCUGGACUAGCUGUCAGCAACACUGUUGGGCAGAGUUACUUAAUGCUUUCAGUAUUUGCAGGCCUCUGCUGCCCCCUGCUGAGUACUGACAUGUAAUACAGCUCUUCACUUUUUAAUGCCAUGAAAAACAAGUCAUUCGGAUAUUAAAGACAAAUAGAUAAAUAACUGUCCUUUUAUAACUUGUGAUGUUUUUCAUUUAAUGCACAGUAAAUGUAUAAAUCAACAGGAAAUGCAUGUAUGGAUCCAAUCAUUCAGGAAGAACUUUGUGGUCAUUUUUUCGUAAUAAAUUUUAUAUUAUGUUAGACUUUCUCUUGUGUUUUGGGCGGGAAAUUAAUGAAGCAGCGAGUUUGAGAAGAGUUAAUUUUUCUGAUUUGCAAAUUAUUGAUACUGCGGCUUUGCAGUAGUUUAUCACUGAUCGAUUAUUAAUAGUUUGUUUUCUUCACAGUAAAACUGAUCCUACAUCAGUUUGCCGGCCCCUACAGGGCGUGGGCCCUUUAGCUCUUAAAACAACGCAGCUCAUUGGUCAACAGAAUCAGGUGGCCGCUAGCCAUCCAAUCACAGGCCUUAAUGGUGAUACGUCGCCCCCUGGUUGUUUUUCAGCAGGAAGAAUCGCCACAAUUGAUUUACUGUCAGUGUAAACAGCAUCACAAACGUGUUUUUAAUUCAAGUGAAGCUUCAUCUGAGGAUCACCGUGUUCCGCCUCCAGCUGCUGUGUCAAAGACGUUAAGUGUCACCGGUCAUGUCCGCUCCGGGUGCGGCGUGAGGCUGGCGGAGGAGAAGCUAACCGGACAGCUAACUGCUAACGUUAGCCGUUAGCCGGCUGCUCUGUGCCGGUGACCGUCAGAGUUGGUCCUUGUAUGGGUGAGUGAACGGCAGCCAUGAGCGUGGAGCCGGACGCCCUGGCCGUGGUCAACCAGCUGAGGGACCUGGCCGCCGACCCCAUGAACCGCAGGGCCAUCGUCCAGGACCAGGGCUGCCUGCCGGGACUCAUCCUGUUCCUGGACCACCCCAACCCUCAGGUCGUCUACUCCGCCCUCCUGGCGAUCCGUUACCUGGCAGAAUGCCGAGCCAACCGGGAGAAGCUGAAGGGGGAGCUGGGGAUGAUGCUGAGCCUCCAGAACGUCGUGCAGAAGUCGACCACUCCCGGAGAGACGAAGCUGCUGGCGUCCGAGAUCUACGAGCUCCUGCAGGCGUCCGGCUGCGCAGAGUCUGAGCCGGCUGAGGAGGCCGUCAGCAGCCGCCGCAAAGCCCAGUUCUUCCUGGGCUCCAGCAACAAGAGAGCCAAGACCGUCAUCCUCCACAUCGACGGACUGGACGACUCGAGUCGGAGGAGUCUGUGUGAGGAGGCGCUGCUGAAGAUCAGAGGAGUGAUCAGCUUCACCUUCCAGAUGACCGUGAAGAGAUGCAUCGUCCGAAUCCGGUCAGACCUGAAGGCCGAGGCUCUGGCGUCUGCGAUCGCGUCCACUCAGGUGAUGAAGGCUCAGCAGGUGGUGAAAGGAGAAAAUGGAGAUGAGGUUUUGAUCCCGUUGGCGGAGGACGGUUCGGUGGAGGUGGAGCAGAAUGUGGACCUGCCAGACUACCUGCCAGAGGACGAGAGUCCGUCUCAGGAGCCCGACAAGGCGGUGACCCGGGUGGGAUCUGGCCAGGACGGGACCGGCUGGCUGGGUGCUGCCACCAACUUCCUGUCCCGCUCCUUCUACUGGUGACCCUGCGGGGCCGCCGCCCCCUCCGUUAAACCCGCCGCCUCCUCUCAGAACCAAAAUCUACCAGCUGCCAAAUCUCACCGGUCUGUCUCAGCCGGAGAGACAAAAACUGAACGUGCAGCAUGCGAUGAAAACACGGCGCUGUUACAGGCGAGAGGAGCCGACCAAAAAACUAACAGGGUUGUGGUUUUAGUUUGUCUCUCAGUAAACGGGUCCAUCUGUUCCAAACCAAGUUGUCUUAACGGACAGGAAGUCCUGCAGCGACAUGAACAAACACCAACGAGUUAGAAUAAAGAGGACUGAACAGGACGUCCCGCUCUUAUUUGACCUUUUUAUUAUUUAUUUGAGCGACAGACUGAGUGACUGUUGUUCCUGCAGUGUUUUACAGUUCAGUCAGCUGUGCCUUCAGUCCCGCUUCUUCACUGCAACUAACUGCUGUUUCUGUUAUUGAUUAUUAUUUUGGUAAUGGGCUUAUCGUUCACUCUUAAAAAUGUCAAAAAUAAUGACAAAUGCCAGACGCUCUUUAGAGUGAGGUGUCCAGAUAAUAUGAUGCUUUAUUACACUCGUAUCGUGGCGUCAUAACGGAAACGAAAAGAAAACCUUAAAGUCCUCGUUGUUGAAUGAAUAGUUUUUAAAGGAAACUAUUUCCCAAAUUCCCUGUGGACACAGCUGCCUCAGGUUCAGACUUAUCCAAGUCUGCCUUAAUACGAUCCACACGUCCACGUGUCCGUGUCGAGUCGUUGGUGUGCGUGAGCAUCCCCACGCAGCUGAUUUCACUGAUUUUGAUGACGUGACGUGAAAUAUGUGUGGAAAUAUGGAAGCUUGGUGACGUAGAGACAACUCGCAGGGCUAGUUGGGAAACUGCUGUAGCUGGCGAGCUAACGGCUAACUCGUCAUUCACGAUAGCUCCCAGAGCUUUCGUUUACAUCCCUCUGACACUUCCUUUAAUAAAAAGUUACUGAAGAGGGAAAGUAAAGCUCGCUAACGGCUAGUUAGCAAACUCAUCCAGUUCCAUUGGAAUUAAUCGCCAUGAAAUUAGUUAAUUUUUUAAAUCCUGCUGUCCCGGCCUUUAGGAGCGCGCAGGCUGUUUGUCAGGUUAGUCGUGUCAGGUGGGACAAAUUAAACCUUCUCAUUGGUUCCUGGUAUCCGGUGCAGACGUCUAGUCGUCAUCAGUGGAAACACCUGUGUGAGUGUGCAGCGCCUUCAUGUUUUCCCACCGAGCACGUUCCGAUCCUGGUGACGUGGAGUUUCUGGUUUCGGGUAUUUGGCAUCAUUUUUGACAAAUAAAGUAAAAAAAAACAAAUAAUAGUUGUUAGUUGCAGCCUCCCUGUGAUGUUACUGCUCUUCUGCAUUGACGUAGUGAUGAUGUGUUGGUGAGUUAAAGGACCACGAAGAGAGGUCAGAGAGACGCACUCGUUACUGAAAGGUCACAGGUUUGAUCCCUCUUCGCUCGUGAGGACAGACUCCUCCUCGGAUCAGUGACAGAACAGUGCUUUACUUUGUGUUUCUGACUUGUGACUGAUUUCCUCAGAGGUCGUCGUGUUUACGCCAGCGUCCCCGUACGAAUGCCUUUUAAAGUGAACUUUUAUUUGAAUCCCUGAGGAUCAGACUCAACUCCUGCUUCACAUCUCACGGAGCGACGUUACCCGACUCUUUUUAUUUUCCUUCUUUCUGGUGACGUCUAGCAGCCAGAGGGUCGACGGGGAAUCAGUUUUGUGACCAUUUUGCACAGUUUAAUCUGAGGUUGAUGUGAAAUAGAAAUCUGCAUUAGAAAGAAAUUAGCUGUUUGGGGAAACAUUAUAAUUCAGUUUGACAACAAGAUCCCAAAGUGAGUGAAAAACCUCUGACAGUCUAAAAGUGGAAGACUUCAUUACAGGAUUCAGUAGACACUUUAUUAUUAAACCAUUCACAGUGAAUUCAUUUCCUUUUGUAAAACCUUCAUUCCUUAAAGACGUGUUUUGUGUGAAAACUUCGGACAGAAAGAAAGGAAGUGACUGAUGGUUAUUUAUAUUCCAGCAGCGUUUCUUCAGACGAGCGUCUCCUCCUCUGAGGUUUAAUGACCUUGUACAGAUUUGUACUGUCCUGACAUGAAGCUGUGUUCAUGUACCUGCCAGGUGUGCUCAUAGCUCCGCCUACACCACACACUGUCCAGUCACAUUCUGAGUAGCCUGUUGUCAAGUGUUAGCAUGACGCUUGAGUCUAAAUACAGUAUUGGCCCGAAUAUAAGACAACAGUGAAGAUGCCCCCCGACUUACAGGUCAAACAUGUUCAAUGUGUUUGCUUCAUAAAAGAACAUUUAUAAAGAUUUUUUUCUUAAUAUUUUAAAACCUGCAUCGUUUCCUUCUCGCGGUCUUCUUCUUCUUCUUCUUCCUGCCUUUUGCUGGUGCGUCGCUGCCACCAACUGUCAGUCAGUGGAAAAGCAUGAAACCGUCCUCGUUCAAGAGAUCCAAGCUAAAUGUGGACCCGUUAUUAAAGACGUUGCUCCAUAGUGCCUCAAGCGUUCAGAAACUCUGCCGGGUAUCUUUAACAUCUCGUAAAUAAAAUUUGUAAAAAAAACAAACCAAACAAAGUAAAGAGCCAGUAAAUAAACUACAACCCGCUGGUUUCUGUAGUUUCAUGUUCGUGCUUACACAAACCUUCCUCCGACUCUCUGUUUGGGCUUGUCCUGUUUUCACAACUAGCUAGCCUAGCAGUAUUAAGCUACAAACAACCCAUAAUGCAACAGCCUCGCUCUGUAACACAGGAGCCGGUUUAAAGAGAAACAGGUAUUUCAUACUGUCUCGUUCAGAAUUCAACCGUAGAGAUCUGAGAGAUCAGUUGUGCUCUGGGUUGAAUGUGUUGUGAACAUGUGAAACAGCUGUUGCUCUUCAAACUGAAAACAUCUGCUGCUGCUGUUAAUACGUAAAUCCAAGUCCUCAAAUAUUUUUUUUUUUAAUGUCAUUUCCAAAAUCAAACCCUGUCGUCUUGUGUUCGGGCCGAUAUAUGAAGAGCUUUUGUUCCAAGUAUCAUUUUGAGCUGUUACAUUAAUAAAGGUCGUAUUAUUCAAUCAGUCAUGACGAACUCUUGUACCUGCAUGAACUGAGUUUCUUUCUUCUUCUCAGGUUAUAUUCAAGUGGGAUAAUUCAGAUGUUUUUAUUGAACAAUUAUGAUUUUUAUUUUUUAUUUAUGUGAUUUCUAUUGAAAUCCUGAUUUUUUUGAGUUAUUCCCUGAAACCUGCCAACGCUGGCCAUCUUCAUCCUCACCAUCCUCAUCAGUGUGCUGCUGUACAAACAGUCUGUUCUGUAAUGAUGAGAAUAAAAACUGUCAUGAAUGUU